UUUAGUGACGUACAGGGGCGAGGUUACUUCUGUCGAGAGAAAAAGAGAGCGAGAGUGCGGAGAGUGUCGUCAGUUAAAACCUACAGCCCCGGGAGAACAACAGCACCAUUCAGUUACAGAAUUCAGGUCUUCGGGGGAAAAACAGCAAGUGAAGAGGCAGGGGCAAGAGAGGACAUUGAUACAGAACUGAAUCGCAAUGGCUUUUUCUGCAAAGUGGCUUUUGCUUUAUUUACCACUAAUCUGUUUCUUCAAGUGGACAGUUAUUUCAGCUUUUAACCUUGACACGGAAAACGUUUUCAGGAAAAACGGAGAGCCCGGCAGCUUCUUCGGCUUUUCACUCGCCAUGCACAGGCAACUAAAUCCCACCGAUAAAAGAAUAUUGCUUGUUGGAGCACCUAAAGCAAAGUCUUUACCCAAUCAAGAGGCCAACAUAACUGGUGGUUUGUACAGCUGUCAACUUAAUAUACAACAAGAUGAUUGUAAGCGCGUCAUGUUUGACAAUGACGCUAACCCAUUAGAAGAGAACAAGGAAAACCAGUGGAUGGGUGUGACAGUACAAAGUCAAGGACCAGGUGGAAAGAUUGUGACCUGUGCACAUCGGUACGAGAAGCGACAGUUUGUAAAUACACCACAGGAAUCCAGAGACAUCAUUGGCCGCUGCUAUGUCCUGAGUGAAGACCUGACCAUUAAGGAUGAGAUGGACGGGGGUGGAUGGAAGUUCUGUGAUGGUCGAUUGCGGGGGCAUGAGAGGUUUGGCUCUUGUCAGCAGGGUCUAUCAGCAACUUUCACAAAGGACUAUCAUUAUAUUAUUUUUGGAGCACCAGGCACCUACAACUGGAAAGGGGUUGUGCGAGUAGAGCAAAGGAACAAUACUCUUGUGGAUUUAGGAAUCUUGGAAGAUGGUCCCUAUGAAGUUGGGGAUGAGACCCGUUUUGAUGAAAACCUAGUGCCUGUGCCAGCUAACAGUUACCUAGGUCUGCUGUUUUUGACAAGCCUGUCUAAUACUGAUCCUGAUCAGUUUGUGUAUAAAUCACAACCUCCACAGGUAAACGUGGAGAAAUACUUUGAUGUGAUGACCAAUAGCUACUUAGGAUUUUCAUUGGACUCUGGGACAGGCAUCACUAAUAAAGAAAGUAUAACGUUUGUGUCUGGCGCACCAAGAGCCAAUCACAGUGGCGCAGUGGUGUUUCUGAAGAAAGACGGGCAGUUCUCCAGAAGUCUUAGUCCAGAGUACAUUCUUGAAGGAGAGGGACUUGCUUCUUCUUUUGGAUAUGAUGUGGCUGUGGUUGACCUCAACAGUGAUGGAUGGAAAGAUAUUGUUGUUGGAGCGCCUCAGUUUUUUGUCCGCGAUGGAGAGAUCGGUGGAGCAGUUUAUGUCUACAUCAAUAACGCUGGGAAAUGGGAGGACGUCAGACCGACCCGUCUGAAUGGUACCAAAGACUCAAUGUUUGGACUAGCUGUUGAAAACAUUGGGGACAUUAAUCAGGAUGGAUUUGAAGAUAUUGCAGUUGGCGCACCUUAUGAUGGUGUUUCAGGAAAAGUGUUCAUUUACCACGGAUCCAAAAGUGGAGUUAACACCAAAGCUGCACAGAUUCUUGAUGGCCAGGACUUUGGUAUUAAGUUUUUUGGAUACUCGUUGGCUGGGAAUAUGGAUCUCGAUGGGAAUUCUUAUCCUGAUAUUGCAGUUGGAUCACUCUCAGAUGCCCUGUUUGUUUUCAGAGCAAAGCCAGUCAUAAGCAUCAAGAAAACAAUUAAAACAACUCCUACAAGCAUCGACCUUGAAAAAAAAAACUGCCCUGAUGGCAAAAGUAUUUGUAUGUCUGUUGAAGCAUGCUUUGAGUACACUGCCAACCCCAGUGACUACAGCCCUCGAAUAACUAUUGCAUACACAUUUGAAGCUGAAUCUGAGAGGAAAAAAAUUAACCUGCCGUCAAGAGUAACGUUUUUAGGUAACGCGCCAGGAGACCCAGACUAUCAGCAUACAGGAACUCUGAAUCUGAGGGGACAAAAUGAGAACAAAUGUGUCAAAGCUGAACUUAAGCUGCAGGAUAACAUCAAAGACAAACUGCGUGCUAUUCCUAUAACGGUUGCUGUUGAAAUAAAACAGGCAGGACGCAAGAAAAGACAAGCUGGCAAACUCUUAACUCUUGUCCCAGUCCUAAAUUCUAAUGAUCCCAGCACUGCACGAUCAGAGGUAAACUUUCUGAAAGAAGGUUGUGGCUCAGAUAAUAUCUGUCAGAGCAAAUUGAAGCUAGAAUACAAGUUCUGUUCCAGAGAUGACAAUGACAACUUUACUCCACUAAAUGUGGAGGAUGGUUUGCCAGUGAUAUCUCUGAGUCAACAGAAAGACAUUGCCCUUGAAAUAACUGUGACCAAUGUGGCCGGGGAUGACGCACACGAAGCCAAACUCAUAGCAACGUUCCCCGACACCCUAUCCUACUCUGCUUCCCGCCGUAGUUCAGACAAGCAGCUCAUAUGUAGUGCCAAUCAGAAUGGGUCUCGGGCUGACUGCGAACUGGGAAACCCCUUCAAGAGAGAUUCUAAAGUUACUUUCUACGUGAUCUUAAGUACAACUGGUGUUAAUCUUGAUACUACAGAUAUUGAAAUCGACCUGAAGCUUGACACGACAAGUGAACAGAAGGAUUUGGCUCCAGUCACAGCGAAGGCUCGAGUCGUUAUUGAACUACUUCUCUCUGUGUCAGGUGUGGCUAAGCCUUCCCAGGUCUACUUUGGAGGUUCUGUGAAGGGAGAGGCUGCCAUGAAGAUGGAAGAUGAAGUUGGAAGUUUAGUUGAAUAUGAAUUUAGAAUUAUUAACCUGGGAAAACCACUGAAAUCAUUGGGUGCUGCCUAUCUAGACAUUCAGUGGCCAAAGGAAAUCAGCAAUGGCAAAUGGUUACUGUAUUUGAUGAAGAUUGAGACCAAGGGUCUGGAACAAUUACCCUGCACCCCUACAAAUGAAAUAAACCCAAGGAGACUGCAGAAUUCUCCCAGUUCCUCAAGGAAAAAACGCGACACUGGAGGAAAGGAGACGGAAGAAAAACUGUCCCUCUUAUCAGACAAAAGAAAAUACCUCACUCUGGAUUGUGGGAAGAAUGUUAACUGUGUGAACAUCAGGUGCCCCCUACAGGGAUUAGACAGCAAUGCGUUUGUGGUCUUGCGAUCAAGACUGUGGAACAGCACAUUCCUGGAGGAAUAUUCAAAACUGAACUACCUUGAUAUUAUUGUUAAAGCAAGUAUCAACAUUAAUGCCACGAAGAAUAUGGUCCUUAAAAAUGCGAACACUCAGGUUCGAGUGACAGUGUUUCCAGAGAAAACUGUGGCACAGUACACUGGAGUUCCCUGGUGGAUCAUACUUGUUGCGAUUCUUGCUGGGAUCCUGAUGUUGGCACUGCUGGUGUUUUUACUGUGGAAGUGUGGAUUUUUCAAACGGUCCAAAUAUGCCGACAGUGUUCCAAGUUACAAUGCUGUGCGAAUUCGAAAAGAAGAGCGUCAAUUUAAAGAUGGAAAAUCAAAAGAUAAAUAUGAGAAAAAGCAAUGGAAGACAACGUGGAAUGAAAAUGAAAGCUACUCUUGAAGCAACGUCCUAUUUGUUGGUUUUAGUAGUGCUGUGGGAAAUAUAAGCUUGCAUUGGGUCGCCUCUCUGCUUUCACCACAGUGAGAACUGCAUUCCCUAGAACCAAGGUUCUUUCCUUUGCACAGGAUGAAUGUGUAUAAAACUACUGAAGCCUUACUUCAGUACUUUCAAAUUGUCCUUGCUUUGCAGCUUGUUUAGAUAUUUUACAAUACCUUUUAAACUUUCUUUAUAUAAAAAAAACAAAAAAAAAACACUCAUGGCAGUCAUACUGCAGUCGCCAUCUCAGUGCAUGGUUAUGGGAUCUUUGAAGUUAUACCUUUUAUAACCUACUUUUAACAAUUAUGUACAUUUCAGUCCAAGACUGGGUCCUUCUUAAACUGUGCAAUAGCUGAGCAUGUCAUGCAAUGCUCCAGACUGAUCUCACUUCUGUGUGUAGAUAUUAUCAGCUGUGGUGCCUGGCCAGAACCUUGCUUCGUUCUUUUUUUUUUUUUUUUUGUCUGUGUAUUCACUGUAAAGCUUUUUAACCUCUCUAUUCCCAUUUAUGCUUUACAGUUGUGUUUAUAUCUAUGUGCAUAUAUAGACUGGAAAAUAAUUUUGUAUGUUUUUGUAAAUAUUUAAAUAUUUUUAGUACACUCUGGUAUUUAUUUUGUCAAAACUGUUCUUUAGAAAAACAAUAAUCCUGCUCUUGCAUUAAUCUCUGCAUUGUUUGAGGGAAUCUGAUCUCACACAUACACUGGGCUGGGAAACUAACAUAGCAAUGAGGACUCGUCUUAAAUUGUACAUUUAUAUAAUAUACAGUAGUUUGAACUAACAUGUUUCUGGAUCAGCUUUUGUUUGACUUCUGAAACUCAACCAGGUUUUUCCAGUGAAAUGUGCUAUGAAUAAUUUUAAUUUAUUUUUUGUCCCUGGUUAGUUUUACAUACAGAACUUGAAACGGUACUUUUUGGAAACCCAGAGCCAGAGCCAGUUCACACUAGAUUGAUAAUCCUGCUAUUCUGUCCACUUUAGUUCUCAGUGUCAUGGUGGUUCAAACUCCUGGCACAAGCGUGCUCAGGAUUGACUUGCUGAGCUCCUGGUGGUGAGAUAUUAAUGGAAUACAUGAUUUUUGCAUUUUUAAUUGCUUUUUAAGUAGUCUAUUUACUUCAGCUUCUUGUGAUUUAAAAGUAGAUAAUUUAAGACAGACUCGGGGAGUUUUACUGUACUUACAAUUAAUUUGUUUCUUUACACAGUGAUUUUAUGUUGUAUAGAGUCAUUUUUCACCAUCAGCUUUAACAUAAUAAAUACUGCAUGAAGCAAAAGCUCCAGCCCGCCUUCAUUUUCAGUAAGUAAGAGCAAAUACAAAGGGAAAGCAUCCAGUAUUGUGUCCUUGUCCGAUACACUGAAAUAUAUAGUACAUAGAGGUUCAGCACUGCCUCUGUUAAUAUGUUUUAAAAAAGACAAUUCACCUUUUGUUGUCUCAUCACUGGCUUGUUCAUAGAUUCUUACUCAAAUGCCUAGUAUUUGAAAGUUUUUAACUGUGGAUUUUUAUAAAUAAUAAAAACAAAAAAACUA